AUGGAUCCAAACAAUAUGGUCGAAUGGGACAUUUACGACGUUGUCAUUGACGAACUUAUCAAUGACACGACUAUAGAAGAUAUGAUGCAGGAGGAGAUGGAGUUUUAUCAACAACAUGCGAACACUGUUAGGCCCAAGCGAACAAGAAAAGUGAUAGAGAGAUAUCGUGAAGCUGGGCACGAGCGGUUGUGGAUGGACUACUUCUCUGAAAAUCCUGUAUACCCGGAGGAGCUUUUCCGGCGAAGGUUUCGAAUGCGAAAGGAUGUGUUCCUCAGAGUUGUAGACGCCGUUGGGUCUCAUAACCCGUAUUUUUUACAGUCUGUUGAUGCAGUUGGAAGACAAAGUUUGACACCGCUACAAAAGUGCACUGCCGCUAUUCGUAUGUUGGCGUACGGAUCACCUGCUGACAGUGUUGACGAGUACGUUCGAAUUGGUGAAAGUACUGCAAUUGAGUGCCUGAAUUUUGUAGAAGGUUCUAACAAUGACAUUAAUGUGCUAAACCAAUCUCCUGUGUUUAAUGAUGUUUUGAGUGGAAAUGCUCCCAUGGUGAACUUUAGCGUGAAUGGAACAAUGUAUCACAUGGGAUACUAUCUAGCAGACGGCAUCUAUCCCCUGUGGUCUACAUUUGUGAAGACCAUCUCAAUGCCACAAGGAGAAAAAAGGCAAAAGUUUGCCAAAAGACAAGAAGCAGCAAGAAAGGACGUUGAACGUGCAUUCGACAUUCUCCAAUCUCGGUUUGCAAUAGUUCGUGGUCCAUCACGCUUUUGGCAUCCGAAUGACAUGAAGUCAAUAAUUUUUGAGCGUGAUAGAGUAUCUUAA